AAUGAUUAUACUAUUUAUUUCAAUUUCAACUCAAUACUCUAUUUUUCAACUCUAAUACAUAUUUGGAGGAGAUCCUCUGUUUUUUCCUUCAUCCUCUAUAUUUAAAGGAUCAAAGUUCAUUCUUUCAAAUGGAAGAGAAUUUUAGAAAAUAGGUUGAAGAACAUUUUUCCUCCAAAAUAAAGAAAUAGAGUAUGAAUUGGAAAUGCUCCAAACAAUUUUCAUAUCCAACUUCUUAAAAACCCCUGUUCCCUCUCUGAUCUCACAAUUCUCAUAUCCACAUCUUCACAAGAGAGAAUCCCAAAUCAUCAAUCAAUACUUUUAAAAAAGGUUUUCCUUCUUUCCGCCGUCAGAUCCAGUCGGAUCCAUUUUCUCAUCACGCAGAUGACACAGCGUCAUUUCCUCCCCGAGAAUCCGUGCCUCCUAGUAAGCUUACUCUCCGGACUCAUCGGCGGCGUGUUCCUCGUCUUCAUUUUCACCCGAGCCGCCGACAGCCCGCUUUUCCAAACCCAUGCUGCCGCCGCCACCACAUCCCCACUCCAAACCACGCCGAUCCAACUCAGAGCCAUACUCCACUACGCCACCUCCACCGUGGUCCCUCAGCAAACCAUCGACGAAAUCACCAUCUCCUUCGACGUCCUCCGAUCACUCUCCCCUUGCAACUUCCUCGUCUUCGGCCUCGGCCACGACUCCCUCAUGUGGGCCUCCCUCAAUCCACGUGGCAACACCUUAUUCCUCGAGGAAACCCCCGAGUGGGUCCAGACUACUUUAAAAAUCGUACCUGACCUGAACGCCCACGCCGUCAACUACACCACCAAACUGUACGAAUCGGACGAUCUCCUCUCAUCGUACAAAUCCGAACCGGACUGCUUCCCGCCGGAUAAGGCGUACUUGAAGAACAACGAGAGGUGCAGGUUAGCGCUGAAUAUGUUACCAGACGAGGUGUACGAUAAGGAGUGGGACCUGAUCAUGAUCGACGCGCCGAGGGGGUAUUUCGACGAGGCGCCGGGGAGGAUGGCGGCGAUAUACUCGGCGGCGGUGAUGGCGAGGAAAAGGAAGGGAUCGGGUGUGACGCAUGUGUUUUUGCACGACGUGGAUCGGAAGGUGGAGAAGGCGUAUGCGGAGGAGUUUCUGUGUAGGAAUUAUUUGGUCAAAGGCGUUGGGAGGCUCUGGCACUUCGAGAUACCGCCCGCUGCUAAAGUGACCGAGGAGGGGAGUGAGAGUGCUGGAUUUUGCUAACGUAAUCUUAUAUAUCUGCCAUAUUAAUUAGAAAAAUGAUUUUGUCAUUUUUUUUUUGUUAACGCUAAAAUAUACUUACAAAAAAAUAGCGUUAACAUAAUAAAAAAAAAAAACAAAAUCAGCAGCCAUUAACUACUCCUAGUAAUAUACAGUAAUUUUCAAGCUUUUUAAGACACAAUGUAAUAAAUGGUCUGACACAAUGUAAGACACAUUGCAUAGGUGUUUUUUUCUUCUCCUCCCCCUUUCCUUGUUUUUAUGUUUUAAGAAACUAAAUGAAUUUCUAAA